AUGGCCCUCCUGCGCAGAUUAGGCGUCCUCGUCGUGUGGGCGAGCACGGCGCUCUCACACCCCCAGCCAUCUCCUCCUCCUGUCUCCACAACAACAUGUCAAGGCAAAACCUACACCUACAACGAACUCGCUGGCUUCGGUUCCAUCCCCUCUGACGCAAGAGACAAAUUCGGCGACACCAUCAGCAUCGGCUCCUCAGCCGCGAUCACCAACUGGAAAAAGCGAACCUCCAUCACCGGCAGGAACAAACAAACAUACUACACCGGCACCCUCUACGGCCUCCCAGACCGAGGCUGGAACACCCAAGGCACCCAAAACACCAUCCCCCGCGUCCACACAUUUGAUGUAACCUUCACCCCCUCCCCCCCAUCAUCAUCCCAAUCCCCACCCCUCCCACCCAACCUCCUCUUCAAAUACAAAUCCACCAUCCUCCUCACCUCCCCAACCGGCGACCCCCUCACCGGCGUCGACCCAGACAGCAUCAUCACCCUCCCCAACCUCCCCCCCCUCCCCGCAUCAACCUUCCCCGGGGAUGGCUUCGGCGGUCCAGGACCAGGUGGGAAACGCAUCGCUAUCGAUGCCGAAGGUCUAGUCCUCAACGAAGACGGCACAUUCUGGAUAAGCGACGAAUACGGCCCGUACAUCUACCUCUUCUCCCCCAGUGGGAAAAUGCUUGAUGUUAUCGCGCCACCUGAUGCUUUGCUGCCGUUGAGAAACGGCACCCUCAGUUUCAGCAGUGACAACGCCCCUAUCUUUAACUCGGGCAAGCGGCCUGUUCCUGCUAACCCAAGUCAGGGACGGUCGAAUAACCAGGGGUUUGAGGGGUUGACCGCCAGUCCUGAUGGGAGGAAGCUGUGGGUUAUGUUGCAGAGUGCGGGGAGGUUGGAGGGGGGUCAGAAUGCUGCGACGAGGAGACAUGCUCGGUUGUUGAGGUAUGAUGUUGCCAAGGGUAAGGGGAAGGGGAAGGGGGGGAAGAAGGUGGAAUAUUCUGGCGAGUGGGUUGUGCCUUUGCGUACGUUUACCGAUGGGCAAGGGAGGACGAGGGUGGCGGCGCAGAGUGAGAUUAAGUAUAUCAGUGAGAAGCAGCUUCUGGUCCUGCCGAGGGAUAGCGGGGUGGGUGCUUGCACGGAUAGCCCGACGAGUGUGUACAGGCAUGUGGAUGUGAUUGAUAUUGGGAGGGCGACGGAUGUGAAGGGGGGGAGGUAUGAUGCGUUUAAUGCUUCGAUUGCGGGUGCAGAUGGUGUUUUGAAACCAGAGAUAACACCUGCCACGCUCUGCCCAUGGAUCGACUUCAACAUCAACUCUCAGCUAAACAAGUUUGGGAUGAGAAAUGGACCGCCAGCGCUGCCAACAAAGAGCCUCUUGAACGAAAAGUGGGAGAGCUUGGUAUUGGUUCCAGUGGACAAUGGCAAGAAGGAUGAGUACUUCCUGAUUGCGAUCUCUGAUAAUGACUUUACAACGCAGAAUGACGCGAGUGGGUGUAGCUUGGACCAACAGGCCUUGGUGUUCAGGGUGACAUUGCCAAAGAAGAGUAAGCCUUUGAUGGGAUAG